AUGAAGAGGUAUGAUCUGCUUUCAUUUUCUCUCUAUAGUUCUUCCCUCAGCUCACGAAAAUCACCGCGUCUUUUAAUCUCCUCUUUUGCACUAUUGGGUUUCCAGUCUUUGUUGGUUGCUAUUAUAUCAAAUUACAGAGUCGUGUACCGUGGAAAGAUCCUUCGAAACUAUAGUGGGCUAUUGUGGCAAGGGAUAUCCAUUUUUUCGUUGUUAGUAGUUUGCUCCACAAGGAGCAAAAACCAUCAUUCUCAGUCUCACUUGUUGGUUCCAGUUGCAUUAAGGACAUGUGGUGGUCUAGACAAUUUGAAAAGAUUUAUGUUACCCUUUCAAAUGAUGGAGUUGUACCAUGGAUCUGGUCAAAGCCCCCUUGAUUACAUUAUGGACAAUGAUGAUUGUGUUGAUUGGAGUUUGAAGGGAAAUUUUAUUGCUGUAGCGAAGAAAAAUUCGGUCAUCGGUGAUUCUGAUGUUAAUCAAGUUAUAAAAGAUAUUUGUCGAUGCAUUUCAUGA